UAUUUUUCUCUCUCUCACUCCACAGUAUACAAGAUGGUUGCUGCAAUGAGAGUAGAAGACUGCAUAUGUGAAGUAACGCUUGGAAGUGAACCAAGGACAAUAAUAGUGCGCGUUCCAAUUGCGAUACCUUCCAACAUUUGUCAUGUAGAACUUGCUCAUCGACUAGUACAGCAUCAUAAUAUUCCCAUAAAUUUACAUUCAGAAUUGAGUGAUAAGCUUCAGGCAUUUAUCCAGGACAAAACAGAAGAGCAUUACAAACAGCAAGAUAAAAAUGCCAUUCAGGGUCUCAGGGAGGAAAAAGUUAGCAUUAAAGAGAUUGCAUCUGCUUGGACAAGGAAAUAUUCCCAGGUGAGUAAACAGCAGGAAGAUGAAGGAUGUGAGAAUGAAAUGUUUGCAACCAUGUACCACAGUUUAGUACAUUCACCAACAGCUGUGAAUUUACUUGGCAUUGAACACUCUUAUGCAGGUGCAAUGAGCUCUCUCGUCGCUCAGAGAGAAGUUGCUGUUGAGGAAAUGAUGGACAGACAAAAGGAAGAAGUAAACAAAGCAUUAGAUGCUGUGGGUGUUCAUUUAACUGAUGCAGAUGUGACUAAUCUUUCUCAAAGACAUACAAGAGAUUCUCAGCUGAUGGAGGAGCAGUGGUCGUCAACUAUAUCAGUUUUGAAAGAAGAACAGAAGAAAGAAUUUAAAAAUUUUGUCAUGGAAUCUUUUGCUGGAAAAGAAGUGACAACGCCUGUAACUCCAAAAGAUUUUAUUGUUACUGGUUCUGAUGCUAUCAUAGUAGAAGCUAAUGAUCCCAUUUUGGAGGAGAGUUUUACAAUUCACCUUGGUGCGCAAAUGAAACAAAUGCAUAAUUUACGACUUUUGUCUGCAGAUGCUUUACAGCUGUGUAAAUAUUCAUCGCAUGAAGUUAGUGACAUUCCACCACAGAGAAUCCAGACAUCAAUGAGUCUUUAUUCCCAUAAUUUAAAUGGACUGGUUUUACUGGUAGACUAUCGGGUCAGCACCUAUUCUGGAAUAAAACAAGAAUUUGGUCGUGUGUGUCGCAGAUCAACUGAGCUGCAUUUUCCUGAUUUAGAGGAGCAACUUGAAUCCAUAAGGAAUCUUGUUCCGCACGUUGUUAAAUGGCGAACAGAGCAUCCUCCUCCCAAAUAUGAUAGUGAUGAAGGUUCCCAAGCCCCACCUCCAGUACCUGAUCAUCUGAAAGCAGGAGAUUUCUACAUUACAAGGCAUUCCAACCUUGCAGAUGUCCAUGUUGUAUUUCACAUGAUUGUAGAUGAUACUCUUCGUUCAGGUGAUAUCAACUCACGACACCCUGUGAUUCUAGGUCUUCGAAAUGUAUUAAAGAUAGCUUGCUUGGGUGAUAUCACUACACUGACAAUUCCUUUGUUAUUAACAAAUUCCAUGUCCGAGGAAAUGACAAUGUCCUGGUGCCAAAAGAGGGCAGAGUUGGUAUACAAGUGCAUUAAAGGAUUUAUGAUGGAAACAACAUCUUGGGGUGGAGCAGAGAUGAAGAACAUGCAGUUCUUAGUACCCAAGGGGAUUUCUGAAGACCUAUUUCAACACCUUGCAGCAAUGUUACCAAACAUCUUCAGAGUUUCUAAUCCUUUGGUGGUAAAGUCGUCAUGAAUGUUUGGAAUACCUAACUUUUUGUUUACUGGAAACUUAUGUCCUUUCAUGACAUAUUUAAUAAAAAACAUUUCUACAUAAAAAAUAAAAUGUUUACAAGGCAAAUGUAUUAUUUAAAUGUUCAGUUAUCAUUAUGUUCCACAGAAUUAUUGCCCUGUGGAUCAAAAUGAUUUAGUUUUCCUUAAAAAUUAAAUAUUUUCAGUGAU